UUUGAAUACCAAACGAUGGGCACUGGAAAAUUAUGUGGUUUAUGUCUGCAUUAUGUUGAGCGCAAUGUGUGCAUUUGUCAUCAGCUACGAUCUUCAUUCUGUACAGAUGUGCAGGGACGAGGCAAUGGCCAAACCGUAGGCGGUUAAUGGUCGUUAUGAACUUUCGGCCUGUGUAUUUAAAGCGGUUGUACCACGGAAUCGUUGGCAAUGUACCCGAAAUAAGAGUAUUAGCCAAGAUGUUGGCUAUUCCAUUUAACUGGGAGACUUCUGCAGGAUAUAAAAUAUUACUCAGGACAAUAUCAUUGUUACAAGACAACUCCUUCAAACAGAAUCUUUCAGCUAACUGCAAACGCCGCAAGGACAAUGGAGGACGCACUUCAUAUACAGAAGGCUUCACAUUUAGAGCGACCACAGUUGGGUAGUGGUAACUGCCCAUCGGGUCAUCAUGGACGUGCCAUUCACAAAGAGGAGCUAAUGCGGAACUAACCAGAGCUAAAUCUAUUGCCGACUGAUUUCUGUUAGGAUACUGGACAGUUGUAGCUAUGUCACCAUCAUUCAGAAUACACAAGUCAAGUCAUCAAUAAGUGCAUAUAAACUGUUACCUCUAUUAUUAUUUGUCUGACAUCCAAACAGGAUAUGGUGAGCAUUAAAAUCUCCCAUAAUAAGACAUGGCUUAGGAGUUUCAAGUAGCACCUUUUUCAUUUUGCUUGUAGCAGACCUGCUGCUAUUGGGAGGACAAUAUACACAUAGAAUAUGUAACUUACCCAUAGUUGUGUCUACGGAAAUGCAAAUAUUUUGCACAGAUUCAAAAAAAGUUGUAUUUACAAUAGUGUAUUUUAAGUUUUGUUUAAUUAAUAUACCUACUCCGUUAUGUUCAUUUACUGAGUUUUUGUGUAUAAAAUUAUAGGGUGAAAAAUCGGGAAUUGUACUAGUUGUUUUAAGCCAGGUUUCAUUUAAGAGACAGAUAUCUAUAUGUUGUUCCGAAAGAAAUUUUUUAAGUAAGGCCCUUUUGCUCUGUAAGCUCUGUAUGUUAUAUUGUGCUAUAUUCAAAUAUGUAUCCAUUAUGUUAUUAAAUUACUUAAAAGUAUGUCUUUAAUUCUUUUAUUUGUAAUCGGAGCGCUGCUCUUGUCAUUGCCAAGCAUAACUAAUGAUUUGACUAGCGCAUUAAUAAUUAACUCGUUGUUUAGUAUUUGCUCAGCAUUAUAUGAUACUUUAUUUAUGUCAGUAUCAACAGUCUUUACAGGUUUAAGGUUUGGGAAUGCUUUCGGGUCGGGCAUUGCUGGGAUACUCACCACAGUGGCAUACGAUCGGUUUGGUUUUAAAUACUUAUUCUUCUUCUCUUCCAUCUUUUGUUGCUUCACUGGACAGUUCCUAGAGAUGGCCAAGUGACCACCAUGACAGUUGAUGCACACAAUUUCUUCGACGUCGCAUUCUUUGUAGGAGUGUUGUCCAGAGCACGAAGAACACCUUUGAGAACCUCGGCAGACUUUUGCAGAGUGAUUAAACUUCAGGCAUUUGUAGCACUGUAGUAACGGAGGUAUGUAUAUGUGGACCGGGUAUCUGAACAUCUGUAUGUAGGCGUGCUGCGGCAGCGCUGUUGCAGCGAAGGUCACUGCAAUGGUCCCCAGCGGAGUGAGCUUUCCAUCUACCUUUCGCAUAAAUCUCUUGACGGAGAUGACUUCUGCAUCGCAGGUAAUGCUUUUGUAUAUGUCUUCAUUGCUUAAGUCUUUAGGUACGUAUCUUAUGACUCCAGUAAUUUCAGUGAGGUGCGCCGGCACGAACGCUUUCAAUUUGUGUUUUCCUAGAAAGUGUGUCAUGGUAAGGAAGUUAUUGGCCGGUGCUGGUUUUCUGAACGUUAUGCCCACUUUAUAUGCGUUCACUCUGUGGACGCCAGCGAUUCCUUUUACAUUUUCCGUAAAUAACUUUGUAAGUGCUAUUGGAUUUUUGUUACCGAUUUUUUCGUUUUCUUGUGAUUCAACGUAGACUACGCAGUCUACGCUGUGGUUUUCUGGGAAUUGUCGCGUGUAAUUUGUUUUUGUGAAAAUUUUGUAGUCGACGGCAUUUCCUUUGCGAGUAUCAUGCAAUUUCCUUUUCUUUGAUUCUUGCUCGGCGGGGGCCGGGCCCCCGUCGGAAUCUGGACCCAUUGUAUUUACACUAUAUAUAGGUAUGUACUAAUUAACUAUUUACACGGAAAUUUAC